AUGGCAUCAGCCAAAGAAAUUUGCAAUAAGAAGACAGAAGCUGCUAGAAAGUAUGUAGAAGGCCUAGAGCCCAGUGUAAGAGCCCGCUAUCUGGAGAAACUGCAGUUAAUCAACGGCCUGGAACCAUACGAAAUGGGAGAGGAACUGAGUGAAGACAAUGCAUUGCUGCUGGCUGUGACAUACCCAGACAUCGUCAACUACUUGAUUUUUUUGCCAAGUCCAUACACUGCUAAGGAUCUGAAGUGUUUCAAGGGACUAGAAUCCUAUAACCAGAUGUGCUGUGGCUGGGUCAGGGAACGAAAAUCAUGGAAAUUUGGUGACAAACGUCUGGUGAAAGCAAAGGUUUUAUGCAUUUUUAUUUUAAAAUGCUCAUUAUCUCAUACGCACUCUAAUGAACAUCUGAAGUGGUUUAAUCUGGAAAUAUCAAGGAGAGAAAUGUUCCGACUGCGGUGUUCCUGUGUUCUGCUGCUCUGGAUGGUAGACUGUGUUAAUGGGAGACAUCCAAGCUGCCACUUCUGGCUUGAGCUACAGUCAGCAGAGAGAGAAUGUCUGUCCCAGCUGGAUGGAAGUCUGGAGGCUGAAGGCUGCCCAGGGAUGUGGGACAACUUUUCCUGUUGGCAGCAUGCAGAGGUUGGUGAAGUGGUCACCAAUCCCUGUCCAGAAGCUCUGAAAAACCUCUUCGGUCAAGACGGGAAAAUCAGCAGAAACUGUACAACUAAAGGCUGGUCAGAUGCAUACCCCAGCAUCAACAGUGUCUGUUUUUCUGAAUCCAAACCCAACAAGCAGGUGUUUUACAUGGUGGUGAAGACGCUGUACACACUGGGACAUAGUCUGUCUCUCAUCGCUCUCCUCACUGGCAGUGCCAUCCUGUGUCUUUUCAGGAAGCUCCACUGCACCAGGAACUACAUCCAUCUUAAUCUGUUCUUCUCCUUCAUCCUGAGAUCUGUGGCCGUGUUAACAAAGGACGCUAUUUUAUUCUCUCAUAGUGAGAGAACACAGUGUGACAAGCAACCAUCACUGGUUGGGUGUAAAGCCAGUCUGGUCACUUUUCACUAUUUCAUUAUGGCUAAUUUCUUCUGGCUGCUGGUGGAGGGUCUGUACCUUCACACUUUGCUGAUGGUGAUCUUCUCCAAGAAACACCAUUUUAUCAUCUAUCUCUCUAUUGGAUGGGGAUUCCCAACAGUGUUCGUGACAGCAUGGAUAAUUUGUAGGAUUUAUCUGGAGGACACAGGAUGCUGGGAAAGAAAUGAAGCCACGAUUCCUUGGAGGGUGAUUGACUGGCCAGUCAUGGCCUCUGUUAUAAUCAACUUCAUUCUGUUCAUCAGCAUCAUUCAGAUUCUAGUUCAGAAGCUGCGUUGCCCAAGUGUAGGGGGAAAUGACCAGAGUCAGUACAGGAGGCUGGCAAAGUCAACACUGUUGUUGAUUCCACUCUUUGGGGUUAAUUAUGUGGUGUUUGUGUACAUGAGAGAAGAGAGCCAAAACGACAUAUUCAAAGACUAUAAAAUAUUCUUUGAGCUUGGUCUUGGCUCUUUCCAGGGACUGGUUGUUGCCAUCUUGUAUUGCUUUCUGAACACUGAGGUCCAGAGUGAGCUAAAGAGGAAGUGGAGGAGUGUGUGUAUGAAGCAUUACAUCAGCCGAGACUACCAGCUGCACAGUUCAUCCAUCUCUAGAAAUGGCACAGAUAACAUGGCACUUUUCCUUAGUAACUCCAGAGCUCAUUCCUUCCUACAAACCACUGAAACCACUGUGUGAGCAUGGACACACACACACACACACACACACACACACGGACCAGCUGUACAGAAGAAAGGAUAUAUGAGGUCCAGUACACUUUUCUACAAAUCAGUUUGUGUGCCUUUUGCUUUUGUUAUGUUAUGAUAAGGGUUAGAAAUUGGAUUUCUCAAGCUGUUUUCAGUUUUUUUAUUCUAUGCCAAAUGUUGCUGUCUUCUCUAGUGCUGGACCUGUUAUUUUGUAAUCAAUUGCUCUCUAUUUAAACUAAACAGACUAAGGCCUACAUGUGAUAUUGCUUUAUUUA